AUUCCACCGCUUGCGCAGAAUCGGAAUGGCGGAGCUGUGCAAAUGGGCUCCAAGGACCAACGGCUCAGUCGUGUAGACAUUUUCCACCAGGGCUAUGCGGGGCCGCUGGAGGCCCUUCCCCGGGCAACCACGUUCCUAGAGGAGCAGGACGGGAGCCUGGUGACCCUGCGGAGGCAGGCAAUAAAGAUGGAAACCAAGUCCCAUGCAGGUGGUGAGAUGCCCCUUGAGCAACUGCUGGCACUUUAUGGGUACAACAUGCCUGAUCCUGUCCUGCAACAACAACAGGAGCCGAAUGAGCUGGCAGCCAGUCUGCCUGAAAUGACACUGGACAAGGUUCAGAUAGGUAAAGCUCUACUCUCAGGAGCGGAGGAUGUGGACAGCCAUUCCUCUGCUGAUGACCUCACACUCUCCGUCACGUCCCAUUCAUCUGACCUCUUACAAUGUCACCUAAGAGGUGAUGACAAAGACACUUCAGUCAGCUGCUCCGAAGAUGACUCAGAAAGCACCUCUAUCCCCUCCAGUGAUGGCUGCAAGGACAUCAUGGUGGGCCCCCAGUAUCAGGCUAUAAUUCCUUCUCUCUGUACACACACUUUUUAUGAAAGAGCCUAUGAAAAUGAGGACCAGUUAUUGUGGACCCCAGAUGUGUUGUCCAGUCUGGCUAUAGAGAAGUUUUUGCUUGAAGUCCAGAGAAAAGGGAGUGACGAUGGACCUACAAACACUUUUACCACAGGAGAUAUAGUCAAAGACAAUGAGCAGGCUCUAUAUGAACUAGUAAAAUGCAACUUCAAUGCAGACGAGGCACUAAGAAGAUAUCGCUUUAAUGUCAAGGGUUUCAGUGAGCUUUGUGGCUGGAGUGAGGAGGAGUGUCGUAGCUUUGAGUAUGGUUACCGUGCCCAUGGGAAGAACUUCAACCUCAUACAGGCCAAUAAGGUCCGCACACGCUCAGUAGGUGAGUGUGUAGAGUACUACUACAUGUGGAAGAAAUCAGAGCGGCAUGAGUAUUUCACACAGCAGGCCACCAAGCUGGGUCGGAAAAAGUGCAAUCUGCCAUCUGGCAACACAGAGGAUGCUGAGCCAGAUGGAGAUACUGGUGAUGUGGAAGGUGCCACUCAAGGUUUGCUAAGUAGGUCUUCCAUUCAACUCCAACCUCCAUCGCCACCUGCAGUCAUGGAGCUGGAUAAACAAGAGGACAGUCUGAAUUGCGCAGCUCAGUUUCAUGAUCGUCCACGACGGAAACGCACGCCGCGCUUCCUAUUAAAGCCCUGAGCUUCCUGCUCACUGACAGCCUAAAACUGACAGACAAACAGGUUCUGAGCGAAACAGUGGAGAGAUGGAACUAUGUGCAGGAUCUUGCUCUAGCCCACAAGGGCAGCAGUCGUUCAGCCAAUUUUCGCUUCUCCCACCAGCACUCCAGACGUCAGACGUGGCCUCCCCGUCCACCCAGCUUUACUUCUCCUCUCUUCCUUGUAGCCACUCCGUCCCUUCUUCUCAGCCAGACUCAGGACUCCUUGGAGCAGGUUUUUACCAGCUACAACUGGGGUAUUUUCCUGAAGAUCCUGCACCUGCUUGCUCAGAGAAUGUUGCCUUAAGAAGGCUUCAAAUUGACUUUUCUUCACCUUCCUCGCCUGUCCCACCCAUCCCAGAUUUUGGGAUAAUUGGUAGCCCCUUGUGCACACCUUCGUCCAUCAGCUCCGCACCCAUCCAACACAGCGACUCACCCAUACACCGAAGGAAAACAUUCCAGAUCUAAGCAAACGUGACGACUCAUUCACCUGGAAAUUGCAGUCAGUUGUUGCUUUUCAGGCUACGUAAGAAGAUAGUUCAACCAAAAAUGAAUGUUUUGUCAUCAUUUACUCACCUUUAUCUCAUUUCAAACGCUUUAAAUUUUCUUCUGUGGAACACAAAAGAAGAUAUUUUAAAGGUGAUUUUAUCCAUACAAUGAAAUCUAACAGGGUCCAAAACUUGCUAGCUCCAAAAAAAUGCAUAAAGCUGCUACCUUCAGCUCUUGAAAAUUUUCCCCAUUGACUUAAAUACUGAAGAAAGUAGUGCAUACAGGUUUGGAACGACAUGAGCGUGAGUAAAUGAUGAUAGAAUUAACAUUUUUGGUAAACAAUCCUUUUAAUCAAGAAUGUGUUCAUAAUAUUUAAUCGGUGUUGUCUUUUAAACUAUUAAACUAGUAAUUGGGUGUUUUAGGAAGCUGGGUGUCUCUGUCAGACUACUACAUGCAAUGAAAGUGUUUUUAUCUACCUAAUUUUAAGCUUCUUUGGAAAUUUGAGAGGG